UCUAAGCAAAUUGGAUUUUGAGUAGUUAUCAACUUCUGUCUAGACGGCUGUUAAUUUUAUGGGUCAUAUGCUACCAGGUGUAAAUUUUGGAGGAGUCUGCGGACCAAUUUUAUUCGUUCCUGUUUAGAAAUGGGUUCAAAUUCAGAAUCUUGUACAGAGGCGAUGAACCACGAAUCUGGGUCAGGUGAUGGAGGCAGUUUUGAUUGCAAUAUAUGCUUAGAAUUAGCCCAAGAACCUGUGCUUACUCUGUGUGGGCAUCUGUUCUGUUGGCCCUGUCUUUAUAGAUGGCUACAAGAGCCCACAAUAUCCAAAGAAUGCCCUGUUUGCAAGGCCACUGUAGUGGAAGAUAAGGUGAUUCCCUUUUAUGGAAGAGGCAAUGUGGGAUCUUCUGUUUCAAGGACAAAAUCUGUGCCUGGUGUGAGUAUCCCCCAUAGACCCUCUGGACAGAAGCCUGAUACAGUUAGGACUGGUACAGACCACCAUUACCAAUCCCAUGGCUUCAAUUUUAUGGCAGGACCAGGUCAUAUGCCUGUUGGGUCCUUCGGAGACAUAACAUUUUCAGCGGGGUUUGGGCUGUUUCCUUCCCUUUUUGGAUUCCAAAUGCAUGGUUUUGCUGGUGCACCUUAUGGCAGUGCAGGUAUGCCCAAUGGGUUUAACCAUGGACGUCGUCAGCAUCCAAUGAGACAACAUCGGCUGCAGAAGGCCUUCCUGUCAAGGUUGUUCUUAUUCCUGGUUUGUUGUUUAGUUGCCUGUCUUCUGUUUCUCUGAGCUGAUUUUUUCCAGCCCUUUAUUUACUCAGCAAAUUUUAAAUAGGAGAUUCUGGGCUUCGUUGGAGGUAUUGGAACAAAACUGCAUUUUGUCUUAAGUUGGAAAACUACACUUAUGGUACAGUGCAUCUAAUGCAAUUGUUGGUUUGUAUUUAAUCAAAUAAAUGCUUGGAUGAAGUUAUGACUCUUCUU